GGCUAGCUAUAUCGUAAAAAUUAAUGAAAACAAAAAGUAGCUUUUUGGUCUUAAUUUAAUGUUAGGCGUAAGGUUAGCAGUGUGGUUAAUGUUUGCUUAAAAUUUUAAGAAGAUUAAUUGUAGAAAUAGGCGGGGUUUAUGACUUUGCGGCUGUGUAACUACUGACGACCGUUGAAAACAAGCUAGCUAAACAAAGUAAACAUACUAGCUAGCUGGCUCGCUAGGUAAUAUCCAAUGAAUGACCGGUUAUUUAGUGCCUAGUUACUCCACAACAUAUGUUAAGGGGGAAAUAUAUCUACAGUAGUAGCAGGCUCCAAGGUAGCUAAGAUGGAGGUGCUGUGUUUCCGGUUGCCGGGUCACGGUGACGCCACCCUGAAGAGCAUGAACUCCCUGAGGGCCAGGCAGCAGUUCUGUGACAUCACCAUAGUGACCAGCGGCAGGCAGACGUUCCGGGGACACAAAGUGGUCCUGGCUGCCUGCUCCCCCUUCCUCAGGGACCAGUUCCUGCUCAACCCCUCCUCUGAACUGCAGGUGUCAGUCCUUCACAGCUCCUCGGUGGUAUGUGAGCUGCUCCAGUCCUGUUACACUGGUGUGCUGCAGUUCAGCCCCAAGGAGAUAGUGAAUUACCUGACGGCCGCUAGCUACCUGCAGAUGGAGCAUGUUGUGGAGAAGUGCCGGGGAGCCCUGGGCAAGUACAUGCAGCCAAAGAACCCCAGCUCACCAAAGAUCAAGUCAGAAGAGAACCACUCGAUGCCAGUGACAGUCAGUGGCAGCAGCAGCCACUCCCUUAUGUCGACCUCUGCUGAUCAUUCCCCCUCACUGCAGCCUCACAGCCCUGUACAGUGUCAGGCUGAUGACCAUACAGACUCACACACUAAGAUAGAUAUACGACACGAUGACGACCCUAACACAAUGGAUGAGAUAAAGGUGAGAGUAACAGAGGAGGACAGGGAGGAUUAUGACGUGUUCCGGAUCUGCAUCGAGGAUGAGCAGGAGCCGGAGCCGGAAGAGAGGCGAGAGGAAGGCGGAGAGGACGCCACAGAGGGGCAUCAGUACCCAGAUACGGACAGUGCCAUAGUGGGAGGGGGAAAGGGGGACGACGUGACCCCAGCCGAAAUGGCCAUCCACAUCAGCGGCUUCGAGACGGAGGGGCUCCAUGCCUGGAGGCGGAGACUCACCGACUCACCCAAAGUGGGGAGGGGGAGGGGCUUCAAGAGGAAGCGUGGCUCGUACCGCGAGAGAGGGAGGAGGCCUCUGGGUAUGCAAUACCAGGAGGCGUGGCGUCUACCCACCGGGGCAGAGACGAUGCAGGGCUUCGGCCUGGACUUCAGCCAGGAAGCCAUGAGGUCAGCGUUCCUCUCGGGGGGCGAGCUCCCACGGCUAGACUAUGGGAUGGGGGAGGUUCAGGGAGAGGAGCUGGUGCCCCGGGAUGGGAAUGGUCCGGCCCACUACAGCCUGGACGACCCCAGUGGUGAUGGAGGUGAAGAUAAUAUGGGGAUGGCGGCUGUGCCAACAGGUGGUGACGGGGCGGGGGAUGAGUCUGUGGCCGUGGUGGGUUCCACCUCUAGCACAGCGGGGCCGGUUGCAUGCGAGCAAUGCGGUCUGACCUUCCCCUCGGCCCACUCCCUGGCUGUCCACUCACGCGCCACCCACUUGCUGUAUGUGUGCCCCUGCUGCGGCAAGCACUUCAACCACUCCAGCAACCUCAACCGCCACAUGACUGUGCACCGUGGUGCCAAGGUCCACCGCUGCCCGCUCUGCGACAAGACAUUCACGCAGAAGUCCACGCUGUGCGAUCACAUGAACCUACACAGCGGCGAGCGGCCCCACUGCUGCGCCUACUGCCACUCACGCUUUGCACACAAGCCGGCGCUGCGGCGCCACCUCAAGGAGCAGCACGGGAAGACGACCGCUCAGAACAGCCUGGAGGCACAGGUCGAGAUGGAGAGAGUGGCAGGGCCAGGGGGAGGAGAGGGAGACACUCAGGACAGAUUUGACUUUUGAAAAGGACACUGGAACAGGGAGGAGAGAUACUCCCUUACCCCUCCUCUCAGCCAAAAUGUACACUUAUGUACACUUGCCUUCAUGGCCAAAAGAGUGGUUUGGAGUGUGCCUUUGAGUUUGUGGGUUGGAAAAGAGGUUGUGUGUGCUGGAGGGACCUACUAAGAUCUUGAAAGGGAUCCUUUUUGACCUGGGGUGCACAACUCUGGUCCUCCUUACGGGCCGAAGUGUAUGCUGGUUUUAAGCGCUGGCCAGUCAAUGACAUGGAUAGAUUAUUUAUCUUUUAUCUCUUAAUUAUUUAAUUGAAGCGGGGAAACAAUUACCUACAGCACCGUAGCUCUGGAGGACUGGAGUUGUGCACACUUCAGUUUUAGACUCUUAUUGUCUCAUUUGUAACUCACUGGCUGACCAAUAAAAUAUUUUAAUUUGUGUA